UUGUAAUUUCUAAUUUUACGGCGUUCGCAACUUCGCAUCGCAGUUUGGGGAGAAAAUUUUGCAUUUCGCAGCUUCGGCAGUUUGCCGUCGACCACUCGACCGCCGACAAUAGCAGGCUGCCGCGAUUUGCAAAUUCUGAGAUUUGAGUUUGAUUAUUGCGUCAAUACUCCAUACGCAGCCGGCAGCCACGUUUCACUCUCCUCGCCGCCGACCACCGUAGCCUGAAGCCCUGAAGUCUAACGCCGUCUACCACCUGUGACCAGUCUCCUCGCUCCUCGCCACAGUAGCCUCAUCGCCGCCCUCGCACAAUCGCACUCACUCAGACCUCAAGAUUCAAGAAACCCUAAAUCCCUAACCUCACUCUCUCCUCGCCCGGAGCCCAAAGUCGCCUCUCACUGCUCCUCUUCGUCUGACUCUGUGACUCACGCCCUUAAAUCGCUGCUCUUCUUCGUUGGUCGCUACUCCUCUUCGCCUUUCAUUCUUUCAAAGACAACACCUAGGCUUUUACCGGAGAAGAGCAAACACCAAUGGAAAUAGUCCGAUCUGAAAGGAAACCUUCAGUCUCCAAUGGCAUCAUUUCAACUCUCCCUAUCUACCGCUCUGCUCCGCCUCUUGAGGUCAGACUUGAAGACUUUGAGUUGUAUGCCAUUGAUCGACUAAGAGUUUUGAAAGGAAUUUCUGAUGGAUUAUCCCGAGGAAGGAAGCCUGACGAAAUGGCAGAAUUGGCAUCGGAUCUAUGGAAGGCAAAUAUGAGGCAUCCACAGCCAUCUGAAGUUGUCAACAAAGAUAUAAUUUCACAUUUUGUUCUACGACUUGUGUAUUGCAGGACGGAGGAAUUAAGAAAGUGGUUUCUUUCAAUGGAGACCAUGUUAUUUCGUUACCGCUAUCAGAGAGAAACCUCUGAUGUCCAGAGGGCACUAGUGGCAGAUCUUGACCUUUCUUACAAGCCUGUGAGCAAUGCUGAAUAUGAGAGUGUAAAGGACAAAUUGAGUCAAGUUGCACGUUGCAUUGGCCAACCUUUAUCACGUGCUGAAGCAAUAUUUUACAAGGUGCCAUUCGAAGAGGUUCCAGAGCUAGUGGCAGGUCGAAGGGUAUUUAUCCAGAAAGGAAAUGCUUACAUUGCUACACAUCAGUUGGUUUCAUUAGUUAUCAAUCAAUUUCGUAGCAAUCUGUCAAAAGCACUUGCUCUCACCAACAGAAAAUGGACAUCAAUGAUAAGAGAACAGGAGAAGGACCGGUUGACUCCUAUUGUUGAAGCCCUAUCAACAAGUUAUCUAGGCCCAGAUUAUAGCCAGCCACCAGAGUUCACAGAAAUAUCAUUGAAGGAUAUUGAUCAAGUUGCUAAGACUUCAUUUCCUUUGUGCAUGCGUCAUCUCUUUGAGAAGCUACGAGAGGAUCAUCAUCUGAAGCAUGGGGGAAGGAUGCAAUUGGGCCUGUUUCUUAAGGGUGUUGGGUUGAAGUUGGACGAUGCCCUUGCAUUUUGGAAGGCAGAGUUCUCCCGAAAAGUUGGUGCUGAAAAAUUUGACAAGGAGUAUGCGUAUGGCAUACGCCACAAUUAUGGGAAAGAAGGAAAGAGAGUAGAUUACACACCUUACUCUUGCCAAAAGAUAAUAUCAUUAACACCUGGUGUUGGAGAUCAUCACGGAUGUCCCUAUCGUCAUUUCAGUGAGGAGAAUUUAAGAGCUGCCCUUGGCAAGAUGGGAGUUGGAAACUUUGUAUUAGAGGACGUGAUAGGCAAAGUACGAAAUAGACAUUACCAGUUGGCAUGCACGUUAACCUUUGAAGCUAUUCAUGGCGCAUCAUGCGAUGCUGGAAUUAAUCAUCCAAACCAAUACUACAAUGACAGCAAAAAGAUCUUGGAAUCAAGGAACUCCAGCAAUUCUUUAGCUUGAGGUGUGGUGUUUUAACAUCACAAGGGCAAUUAAUAUUGGCUGGGAAUUCCAGACAAGUUCAAGUGAAGUGAAAUGUUAUUAGUUGACUCACUACAAACUACUGUUGCAUGUAUAUAUCUCUCUGUAUUUUGACAAAUUUAGUUUACUGAAUGUACUAAUGUCCAAGACUCAUAGGAUUAUUCCAAACUCUUGCAACUAUUCACAAUAUAAUUUUAAUUCAACUAGCAGCAGUGUUGAUAUU